AUGGCUACACAUUAUUGUAGAAAAAUAUUUGGUAAAAGUCUUACUCACAACUUAAAAACUAGAAUUUGUCCAUCAUAUCUAUCAACAUUGCCUAAAUCACAACUUGAUGUUGCACAAGAUGAACAAUUUUUACCUGAUGAGACCAAAUUUAAGUUGUCCAACCCGGAUGCUUUUGAUGUAAAAAGUAUGGUUAGAAUUAAAAGCCUAUUUGAAGCUGGCGUGCAUUUUGGUCAUACGGAAGGAACAUUAGAUAAUAGAAUGAAACAAUAUUUGUAUGGUAACAGAUUAGGACAUUUAAUUAUAGAUCUAAAUCAUACUAAAAGACUUCUACAACAAGCCCUUAAUGUAACUGCACAUAUAUCAUACAGAGGUGGAGUAAUUUUGUUUUUGUGUCAAUCACCCCUCAAUUGUCUGACCGUUGAAAAUUGUGCAAAAGAAUGUGGUGAAUUUGCUCAUACAAGAUAUUGGCGUGAUGGUAUGUUUACAAACUCUUCGAGGAUUUUCAAAUCUGAAACCAGACUGCCUGAUCUGUGCAUAGUAUUAAAUACAUUGAGCAGUACAUCUAAAAACAAUAGUGGACAACAUAGUGUUCUCUCAGAUGCUGCAAAAAUGUUAAUACCAACUAUUGCUAUUGUUGAUACAGAUGCUAAUCCUAAUAUUGUGACAUACCCAAUACCAGGCAAUGAUGAUACACCAAGUGCAAUAAAUCUUUAUUGUGAUUUAUUUAAAAAUGUUAUUCUUAAGGCUAAAAAAGUUAGAAAAGAAAUUUUAGAUAAAAAUAAAAUAACAGUGUAA